AUGGCGACAGCAACCCGCUUUCACGUGGGUCACGCACUGUUGAUAGCGCUGUGCUGUGCUUGCAAAUUGUCACUGCAGCAGACGCCCACGAGUACAAGCAUGCCUAAUGUGCCUCGUGGCGACCUCCCCACAGUCACGAUUGCAACGCCGAGUGCUUGGAUCAAUAUCUCGGCAAGCAUACCCACCAACCUCGGUACUGAUAAGGUCGUCGUAACGUCAGCUUCCGUGGGCGGGCCUCCACAAAUAUACCUCGGCGCCAGCAUAGCGGCCAGUGCCCACGCGGCCGUGCAAAGCAAUUGCUCUCAAGCCAAUUCGUCCGAGUGCCAAUCAAGUGUAGAAAAGGCCGUCAGAACUGAUAAUGCCCUUGCGGCAAGAGUCGCGCCUUUGGCCAUUGCUGUCCUUGCUCUGGCAGCGCUGAUCUCGGCAGUUCUGUCGUACAACAGACUAGAAGACGUAAAUGCGCAACCGCAGCUUAUCGAUCUCCAGCCAGAAGGUUACUCGCAGAUGAUCGCGGCUCAAGCAUCUAGCUCCGUGGUAUUUGUCACAGCAAGUGAUGACCCAAGUCCGGUCACAUUCUCCUUGACCACGUCGUUAGAUGGGGUUACGAGUGCUACACCCUCAACGUCAAACUUGAUUACGAGUGCUACAGCUACAGGUUCAGUGGUAAUUUCCACUGCUACGACGGACGGCCCAGGAUAUUUUUCGGGCGAUUCCUUCAUAGUGGUACCCACCGUUGACGUCGCACCAAUGAAGGCCAUCUUGACAGCGACACAAAGCGGUGCUACUUGCUUGGCCGUUCAUAAAACGGUUGAGCAUCGCAGAUCGGUCGAUUCGUUGAUUAGCUGGGACAGCGCGGUUGGUGAUGCCGUGAAGAUGCUUCCAGAGGUGGCUCCUGGUGGGGAGCUCCAGUUGCUACGUACUGCUCAAAGCCUCCAACUGGGGCCGUUUGUUCCAGCGCUGCUACAAGCAGCACAGCAGGUAGUGGCUGCCGGGCGACUAAUAACCAGCUUGCUUCUGAGUGGCACGGGCUUGAUCGCUGUCGCAACGAUUGUACUAAUCAUUGCAGCUGUGGUUCAGAACUGCUUGGUAGCGGACGGAAACGCCUUCUUGAUACCACAAGAGGCCUUUUCGACUACCCAAACAUCUUCCCAGUUGGCCUCAUCCGGAGCUAGCUGUCCUCCUGCAACAUUACAACCAGACUGCGUGAAUUGUGGUGGCAAUGCUGGUUCCUCCAGUUGCUCGGGCAUACAGUCAAGGUCUUAUCUCUGGCAAGAUUGUCCCUGCUAUGAUGUUUCGGUGUUUAAAUACCCCCCCGACUAUCAGAAUGUACUUCCGGCACCAGCUGAACCAUCGGCGACAGGGCAGGCUGGUUCCGUUCAACUCGUCUGCGAAACUACCACUGGCAGCCCUACGACUGAAGAUGUCACCCAAGUCAUCGAAAAUCUGAAAGACCUGGGUUACAGCAAAGAGUGCGUCCAACACAAUCCAGUUGGCAGUGAGUGCACUACCAUGAUCUCCUACGGCUCGGCGAGCCUCUCCGUCUGUGGACCUUUUGCAAUAACGACGUGGUGUUUGCAGGCUGCAGUAUGGGCUGAGGACAUCCAAGAUGAAUGUCUCAAUGGUGGGAGGGUCGGCGGGCGACGCACUACAAUUGGCGCUGGCACGAUUGAGGUGAUCCAUUCCUCCUAA